AUGACAGCUGCAAUACGUAUACUUGCAUAUGGAAUUUCAGUAGAUCUUUGUGAUGAGUACAUAAAGAUUUCUGAAACCACUGCGGUUGAAAGCUUGAAGCACUUUUGUGAUGCUGUAAUUGCAGUGUAUGCAGGGCAGUACCAAUGCAUACCGAACGAAGAGGACAUUGCACGUCUGCUUCGAGAAGGUGAAGAAAGAGGCUUCCCAAGUAUGCUUGGCUCUAUAGAUUGUAUGCAUUGGGUAUGGAAGAACUGCCCUACAGGGUGGCAUGGCAUACACAAGGGAAGAAAUCAUAAGCCUACCCUUAUAUUGGAGGCGGUUACAUCGAAAGAUCUGUGGAUCUGGCAUGCUUUCUUUGGUAUGGCUGGUUCAAACAAUGACGUGAAUGUCUUGGAUCAUUCCCCGGUGUUCAAUAGCCUGAUCAAUGGCACAAUGCCUCCGAUUAAUUACGAGGUAAAUGGUCAUCGACGUACAAUGGGGUAUUACUUAUCUGAUGGUAUUUAUCCCAAGUGGGCAACUUUGAUUCAGACCAUCCCACACCCAACACCUGUCAAAGAGAAAUUAUUUGCUAAAAAACAAGAAGCCGUUAGGAAAGAUGUUGAACGAGCGUUUGGCGUGUUGCAGAUCAGGUAG